UCUGGUGGUAAACGGGUCGAGCUCCACUUCCGGUGUGAAAGGUCAUCAGUUCCGGUUGAAGAUGGCGGCGCCCGACGAGUUGUUUUGCUGGGAAGGAGACUGGGGUCUACCGUCCGUCAGCACCGACUGUCUGGUGGUUCUGGCCUACGCUCAGUUUGCAGGAGCUCCUCUUAAACUCAGAAAGAUGUCCAACCCCUGGAGGAGUCCCAGCGGAUCACUUCCUACUCUGAGGACCAAUCAGAAAGAGAGUCUGUCCAGAACCUCUGAGAUCAUCAUCCACCUCAGAAAACAGAAAUACAACGCAGACUAUGAUCUAUCGGCCAAGGAGGGAGCCGACAGCCUGGCCUUCAUUUCUCUGCUGGAGGAGAAACUCAAACCUGCUCUGAUCUACACGUUCUGGGUUGAGCCGAAGAACUACGUGGACGUGACUCGCCGCUGGUACGCGGAGCACAUGCCGUUCCCUCUGAACUUCUUCCUGCCCGGCCGGAUGCAGCGCUGUCAGCUGGAAAAACUGCGACUGCUGCGAGGAGACGAGAGCCUGGAGUCUGGAGAGGAACUGGAGAAGGAGUUGUACCGUGAUGCUGCAGAGUGUAUGAACCUGCUGUCCCAGCGACUCGGCUCACACAAGUUCUUCUUCGGGGACUCGCCUUCGUCUCUGGACGCCUACGUGUUCGGUCACUUGGCGCCCGUCCUGAAGUCCAAACUGCCCAACGGGAAACUUCAGCAGCACCUGAAGUCUCUGGACAACCUCAGCAACUUCUGCAGCAACAUCCUGCUGCUCUACUUCCCCCGAGACGGCCGAGAGAGCUCCAGUCAGAAGACGUCCUCUCCGCCGCAGCCUGAAGGCGGUGACUUUGAUCACGUCCCCAACAAGCGCCGGAAGCAGCUGCUGUCGGCGCUGGUGGCUUUGGGCGCCAUGCUUGGCUAUGCCCUGCUGACCGGCAUAGUGUCCAUCCAACACAUCCAGCAGGAGGCGCUGGAGGAGCCGCCGGACCUGCAGACCAUCGGAUCCCACGGCGAGGACGAGGACGAAGACGGCUGAGGACAGAGGCAUCAUGGGACUUUAUGGACAGAAGUAAAGAUGUUAAAAGGAAAUAAUUAGUUGUGUCUCACUCUGACGAGUUUUUACUCUCACCGAAGAAAAGUGUCGGUAUUAUUAAAACUAAUAAUCAUCAGCAGCUCGUCCAGGAGCCUCUCGGUGGACAGGAAGUGGACGUUGGUGCUGGUUUAUGUACAGAAAUUAAUUAAAAGAUGCUUCUCCGGAUAUUCUU